GCCGAGGGAGCAGAGGAGAACCGCGCUCCGGCGCCCGAGCAAGGGAGAUCCGGAGCCUCCGGGGGCUUCGCCUCCGGCCAGCGCCCCCACCCACCGCGCCGACCACCCGCCCGCGCCCCCGAAGACCUCGCCGAGUGGGCGGAACUUCGCCCACUGCGCCAGGCGGCCGCUUUGCACUGGAACUUACGGCACCGAGCGCGGACGCGGCGCUCCGGACGCGGCGCGGCUGCUCCGCCAGCGGGGGACCCUUCCCCUGCGCCGCCCCGGACCGCUCCUCUUGAGAGGCGGUCGUCGCCGCUGUUCGGGCGCAGGAUUCCCUUCGGGGCUUGGAACACCCGGCUACGCGACGAUGCCCCUCAACGUCAGCUUCGCCACCAACAGGAACUAUGACCUGGACUACGACUCGGUGCAGCCCUAUUUCUACUGCGAUGAGGAGGAGAACUUCUACCAGCAGCAGCAGCAGAGCGAGCUGCAGCCGCCGGCGCCCAGCGAGGAUAUCUGGAAGAAAUUCGAGCUGCUGCCCACCCCGCCCCUGUCCCCGAGCCGCCGCUCCGGCCUCUGCUCGCCCUCCUACGUUGCCGUCGCGUCCUUCUCCCCCAGGGGGGACGACGGCGGCGGCGGCGGCAGCUUCUCCACGGCUGACCAGCUGGAGAUGGUCACCGAGCUGCUGGGCGGUGACAUGGUGAACCAGAGCUUCAUCUGCGACCCGGACGACGAGACCUUCAUCAAGAACAUCAUCAUCCAGGACUGCAUGUGGAGCGGCUUCUCGGCCGCUGCCAAGCUCGUCUCGGAGAAGCUGGCCUCCUACCAGGCUGCGCGCAAGGACAGCGGCAGCCCGAGCCCCGCCCGCGGCCACGGCGGCUGCUCCACCUCCAGCCUGUACCUGCAGGACCUGAGCGCCGCCGCCUCCGAAUGCAUCGACCCCUCGGUGGUCUUCCCCUACCCGCUGCACGACAGCAGCUCGCCCAAGCCCUGCGCCUCGCCCGACUCCAGCGCCUUCUCCCCGUCCUCGGACUCUCUGCUCUCCUCCAACGAGUCCUCUCCGCGGGCCAGCCCUGAGCCCCUGGUGCUCCAUGAAGAGACACCGCCCACCACCAGCAGCGACUCUGAGGAAGAACAAGAGGAUGAGGAAGAAAUCGAUGUCGUUUCUGUGGAAAAGAGGCAGCCCUCCACCAAAAGGUCAGGGUCACCAUCUGCAGGGGGCCACAGCAAACCUCCGCACAGCCCACUGGUCCUCAAGAGGUGCCACGUCUCCACCCAUCAGCACAAUUACGCCGCGCCCCCGUCCACCAGGAAGGACUACCCAGCUGCCAAGCGGGCCAAGUUGGACAGUGGCCGAGUCCUGAAGCAGAUCAGCAACAAUCGCAGGUGUGCCAGCCCCAGGUCCUCAGACACCGAGGAGAACGACAAGAGGCGGACACACAACGUCUUGGAACGCCAGAGGAGGAACGAGCUGAAAAGGAGCUUUUUUGCCCUGCGUGACCAGAUCCCAGAGUUGGAAAACAAUGAAAAGGCCCCCAAGGUAGUUAUCCUUAAAAAAGCCACGGCAUACAUCCUGGCCGUCCAAGUGGAGGAGCAAAAGCUCGUUUCAGAGAAGGACUUGUUGCGGAAACGGCGAGAACAGUUGAAACACAAACUUGAACAGCUACGGAACUCUUGUGCAUGAGUUGACCUGUUGGAGGGAGGAACUGGACUGGCUCAUGAAUUCUCAUUUGUAACUAAGGGAAAUUAAGGAAACAGGUUCCUUCUGACAGAACUGCAGCAAUCCAUUACGUAUGAACUUAUUUCACAUGCAUGGUCAAGUGCAACCUCACAACCUUGGCUGGGUCUUGGGACUGUAAGGUUUAGCCAUAAAGUAAACUGCCUCAAAUGGGACUUUGGGCAUAAAAUAACUUUUUUUAUGCUUGCCAUCUUUUUUUUGUUUGUUUCUUUUAACAGAUUUGUAUUUAAGAAUUGUUUUUAAAAAAUUCUAAAGUUUACCCAACUUUCCUGUGUAAAUAUGGCCAUUAAAUGUAAAUAACUUUAAUAAAACGUUUAUAGCAGUUAUACAAGAUUUCAAGCCAUGUAUUAUAAACCAUAAUUUUUUAUUUAAGUACAUUUUCCUUUUUAAAGUUGAUUUUUUUCUAUUGUUUU